AAUAUUUAAAUUUAAUUUAUUAAAGGUUAGGGUUUUUGAAUAAUUCCACAGGAUUAUGUCGUGGUGGUGGAUAUCCUUCUUGUAUGUUGUCGAAGCAUUCUGUGCAUUUGGAAUUGUGUUAAAUAUUGUUUUGUAUAUAAUGCACUUGAUAUCCUAUACAUACGCGAAACUUUAUAUGAAUCGGAAACCCCCGGAAUUGAUGAAAGCAGAACUUCAAGGUGUUUCUAUAUUAAAACCUUUAAAAGGAGCAGAUUCUAAUCUUGAAGAAAAUUUAGAAUCAUUUUUUGAAAUUGAUUAUCCAGAGUAUGAAAUAAUUUUCUGUAUACAAGAUGAGGAUGAUCCUGCGAAUGAAAUUUGUAACAGAAUAAUGGCAAAACAUCCAAAUAUUCCAUCAAAGAUAGUAAGAGGUGGAAAAAAGGUUGGGCCAAAUCCCAAAGUCAACAAUUUAAUGCAAGGUUACAAUGUAAUGAAAUAUAAUUUAUUUUGGAUUUGCGAUGCUGGAAUCAGAGUUCUUCCAUUAACAUUACGAGAUCAUGUUGAUAAAAUGACAGACAAAGUUGCGCUUGUUCAUGCGGUACCUUACACAGCUCAUCGGAAAGGCUUUUCAAGCGCAGUUGAAAAGAUAUAUUUCGGUACACAACAUGCAAGAGUUUAUAUAAAUGCGCACAUAGCAGGGAUUAUAUGCAUGACAGGAAUGUCUACUCUAAUUAGAAGAGAUGUGUUUGAUAAAUGCACGGGAGGUCUCAGCACUCUAUCACAGUAUAUAGCUGAAGAUUACUUCAUGGCGAAAUGCCUUUCUGAUAAUGGUUGGAGGUGUGCACUGUCAUCGUAUCCAGCACUUCAAAAUUCUGGGCAGUAUAGCAUCAGAGGGUUCACAAAGAGAAUGUCAAGGUGGACAAAGCUUCGGAUAGCAAUGGUUCCUUUCGCUGUUAUUUUGGAGCCGUUUUCAGAAUGCUUCCUUGCUGGUCUUCUGCUGGCGUUAUCAAGUCAUCAUUUUCUUGGUUGGAACAUGAUGGUCGUGUUUCUUUACCAUGUCUUGGGAUGGUUUAUUGCAGAUUAUAUGUUCUUCAGGGCGCUGGAGAAUGGGCAUCUUCAAAUCAGUAAAAGGGAUUUUCUUGUGGCUUGGUUUAUACGAGAGACAUUGACACCUUAUGUUAUUCUCACCGCGAUCUGGGACCCAACGAUAACAUGGCAAAAUGGUCGGUAUCGUGUAAGGUGUGGUGGCCGUGCUGAAGAAGUCGCAGAUGUUUGACAAUCCGGCGGUGGCACGCAGGACAAUAUCAAAAGAGUGGGCCACAAUCGCCAUAGACUACACAAGAGCAGGAAAGCCUACCUACCGCACAUUUUGUGUGAUUUGUACUCAAGUUUAGUGGCCUCGCUACAGACUUCUUCCAAAUCUCAUACCUUUACUCGUAACCCACUGAAACGGCUACAUUCAUAGCCUUAUUUUUUCUACUUCAUUAUUUCUCAACAAUGCAAGGAUGAUAGUGCUCUCCGAGAUUGUAAGCGAGAGCGGCAUUGUGUUUCAUUACUAACACUCAGGGUUUGAUCUUGAAACGACCUUUAACCUGUGUGAAGGGGGUUAUCUCAUUUUGAAGGUCAUUCGAUUCAUCUUUUUCAUGUUCCACAAAUUCAUCAAGAAAUUUCAUAAUGUCCAAUUGAUUGGUUAGAUAACUCAGAAACGUGUCUCUUUAAAGAACACAACAAAUUCGAAACAAUAUUUGAAAGCAAAUUUCGACUUUUCCAGAUAAUAUCUUACAUACUUUUUUUGUUAUGCUUUAGGCCUUUCAAAUAUACACCAUGGUCGACAUAGUGGGCAUAAACUACAUUACUGGGACCCUACUGACAUAUAAUGGUUGAUCGCAUGUCUCUAUGAGGCAGUCCUUUGCUAUAUGAGUAAGCUGCCUCAUAAGCUUUUCUCUUCCCCCGCCCACAAAAUAAAAUAUAUGAGAAUUCAAUCCCAACUCCAAUACAACCCUACCUAAAUUGUAGUUUUACCCACAUUAGUUUUGCUCUUCUCUAGCACACUCUAGUGUCAAAUCAAUAAUCUGAAUUUCAAUUCAUCAAUUUUAUUUUGGGGUCGCUCAUGGCAUAAAACAAAACAACAUAACAAUAACAAACAGACAAACAAAAUACAGAGUUACAUUGAAGGCGACUUAACUUGUAAUAAAGUUAAAAACAAACGAAAAGUAUGUGCCCGACUCACAUACAAUGAAGUAUAUCUGCCACCACCAUCACGUGACGGUACUCAUCAUGUAUCACCACCUUUUUGCACAAUUGAAAAUUUUCUUUUAUUACUUGUAGUGUUAAAUAAAUUACUUAUAAUAAAUUUAUGAUUAACUUGUGAGCUCUAACUGAAGGCACUAACCAGGGAUGGCUAAAAUACAUGAAUCAACUAUUCCUAUUUGAAAAUGAUAUACCCACUAUACUUGAAAUCAGGUCAAAAUUAACAAAGAACUCAAGGUAGUCGAUGUAUAUUUAUCGAUUUGGAGUUGCAAAGAAGUUGUGAUAAGCACUAAAUGAACACAUUUUUGAUUACAUUUUCGAACCACCAAUUUAAACCAUUUGGAAUCAACUCCUAAAUUAAGGAAUUUAAAAUUAAUCGAAUAUAUUUAAUUUUGAAUGAGUAUGAAUAUUUGAUUCAUUUUGGGCAUCCCUGGACCGCUAAAUUUAAAAUGGAUUGUGAAAAUUAUAAAAUAUUACUUUCUUUAAUAAUAUGAACAUUGUUGAAUGUUCACUCUAUACUAUUUUAACUAAUCCAUUGUGCCUACUUUGUGGCCGUAAUUUUUCCUUUUUUUUAAAAUCAGAGUUUGAAUUAAACAAGUUUUGAAACAGAAUUCAUUCAAUGCAUUUAAAACAAAUAGCCAGAUUUAUAUUUCCCCAUGGACCAAACCAUAGGAGUGGCUUAGCUUGAAACAUACCGUGCCCACAUUGAGUCCUUUCGUAAUGCUAAGCUUUUUGUCAAAAAGCAAAAGAUUUUCUGUGGAAAGAUGCUUUUGCUUUCAAAGUGCUUUUGCAAGUUUGAUAUGAAAGAUCUGCUCAAAGACUUGUUUAAUUCAAACUCUGAAACUCUCAACCAAAUAUCUUCAAUGAAUAAUAAAUGCUGUAUUUUUUUGUCAACAAUUUCUAUUAAUUUGUUUAUAUUAAUAGCUAUAAAGAUUCUAUCUAUUCAUUUGAAUAUUGUCCCUGUCAGAAUUUGAGUUUUAUUAAGGAUGGCACAUGACACAAUCACAACUGAAUAUUUCAAUUAUACAGGGUGUUCCUAAAGUCUUAAACAUUUUCAGAAAAGGAAUAUUUAUCUAUGUCAAAAGUAGUUUGUUGAGCCAUAAGACGUUUGUGCAAAGCAUGCUAGAUUACUGUAACUUUCGGAUAUAAUCGAACACAAACAGAAGUUCAAGUAUUAAUUAAAUUGUUUUUCAUUUAUGUAGAAGUAACUAAGAAAUUUAUGACUUUUAUUUUUGGAUCAUUCUGUAUUGAAAAUCGACCUCAUAACAAAAUUAAAAUUAUAAGUGGACCCAAUAAUUCUGACCGAGUUAUUGUUUGAAAUUUCACAAUCACAUGUUUUUUAUUCUCUCUAUAGCCCUAUUGAAAUAGAGCGGUGUCAUGAAUCUCCUGCCACGUCCCUCCCCCUCUCUUUAUCUUUUGGGUUACCUGCAAUGGAGUGUGAUCAGGGCUACAUUGUUUACAUUUAAAUUAUGUUUCAGAAACAAUUUUACUUGAUCAUAUUUAUUGGCUUGCGUUGCCGUUAUUAGAACUCUAUACUGAUUAUUCAAGGGUUACUUGUUGUGACUUGGCCCUUCUGCACAAACUGUGUGAACAAUGUUCAGCCAGGAUUGCUUUAAGUAUCAAAAAAUUACAUCUCAAUACUCAAAUAUUAAUUCAUGGCACAGUUUGGUAAUUUUUCACAUUCUCAAUAUUUUUCUUUAAAUUCCAUUUCUCCAAGCUGUCAACAAAACUAAAGUUCAUUUGGCGUGUUGAAAAUUUGUCCUUUUACAAAUCUUUCAAAUUUAUAAUUGCAUUUUAAAUGAUGGCCAUAACAUAUUGAUAUUUUGAUGCACUAUAUUCUUGUUAUUUGGUUUUAGGUAUUCAAAAUGACUUGCAACAUCCAGAGUUAUAUAUUAGAAUGUUCUAAAUUGGUACCAUAUUUAUAAACCACGAUUCAUGCUGGUUUUAUUUGGUUUGUUUAAAACCAUAUCAUUACAGAUCUUCUGGUCAGAUUGGUCAAACGAUUGGUACUGCAUCGUAACCAUGGAGCAGUAUUUCCAGUUUGAAUAUUCAAAAGGGUUUUUCACAGCAGUUAUGGUUCUGAUUGACCUCUAUGAUGGUAACAAAUGCACCAUGCCCAAAGAGUUGACUCGCACAUAAGUCGCACUGAAAAUCUAGGAAUUUAAAAGGCCCUUUCCCUAGCUUUUUGCAUAGAUAACUUGCUAUUUUUUUUUGUAUUGCAUUUAAUCAAAAUAUGUUUUUUGACACCUGCGAGCGAUAGUAACAUUAGUAAGUGCAUGUACGCAAGCGCAGACCAUACAAUUUUCAUGAAUAACCAACUCGCUGUUCCGACUUGGUGACGAUUUGCACUUAUGUUGAGUGGUUUGGUCGCGGCUGUAUAAAUAUAAGGAAAAAAUUGUGACCUAUCUGCGAGUAUAUACGGUAAUCCUCAAAUUUUUAACAUCACAGGCUAAUAAUAUACUGUGUAGUAUAUCUCAACUGCAAAAGUAUUGUGAAAUUAUUGAGAAACAAACCAUAUAAUCAGUGAUAUGAUUCCUGAUUUUAAGAACUGGUUCUAUUAGAAGACGUGUUCUCUGAUUGUCAGGACAUUCCCAGAACGGAUUCACGCCAGCCCAUGCGAAACCCUCUCAUAAAUCCCACCGCAGCUUUUAAGUGUUUGAUUUUCAAUUUCCUUUAAAAAUGAUUUGACAGCAAGCGUAACAAACUUUGAAUUUAGAAUUGAGUUGGUCUAUUUCUCUUUGUAUCUGCAACUCAGAAGUUUAUGCAUUAUUCCAUUUUCCCCAUUUAAAUUAUUUGAUUUUACUGGACAUGAAGUUGAUUUUGGAGCGUUGCGAACUGUAAUUUUAUGGUUUUUAAAGCUUAGGAUUGUGUCAGUAAAAAGUGCCUUAAUGAAAAUGUUCCAGUCUUGUUUAUAUUCUGAUUUUUCCUGCUUCUAAUCUAAAGGUAGAUUUAAAGAAAUAUAAAUGGUAAAAUACGAGAAAA